AUGGUUGUAAGCUUGGGAAACCUAGCCUUAUUACUCGACAUUUCUUCACCGCGAGCCUUAUCUCUCGAUAGAAAGCCUCGUCUCGUCGGUGUAGACGCAAUUCUCACCUUACCGCUUAAGCGAGACUCUUCUUCUUCUACUUCCUCAUCUUGCGGAUGCGAUGGGGAAGUGCGUGGGCGCGCGGUGGUGGCGCGUGGGAAGUCGAAUUCGGAGCAGAACGGGGUUGAUUUUGACGCGGAGUGGAGUGAUGAGGAAGGAGGGUUUGGUGAUGGAGCUGAUUUUGAGAAGAAGAUAAGGAUGAGAGUGAAGGAGUUUGAGGAGAGGAGAGAGCUUGAGAAGAAAGUGGAAGAGUAUUUGCAGAGUGAAAAAAUCGAUGAUGGAGAUGAAGAGAUCACUGAGGAAGAGAAGAGGAUGAGAGUUAGGAAAGAGCUCCAAAAGGUGGCUAAGGAGCAGGCAGAGAAGAGGGCCAUGGCUCAGAUGAUGUUCGAUUUGGGUCAGAAAGCUUACGGGAGAGGCAAGUAUGGACGAGCCAUUGAAUUUCUUGAAGGCGCGCUCACUAUCAUACAAAGACCUACAUUAUUCGGUGGCGAGAUCCAAAUAUGGUUGGCCAUGGCUUAUGAGGCUAAUUAUCGCCAUAACGAUUGCAUUGAUCUAUACAAGCAAUUAGAAAAGUCACACCCUAGUGUUAGCAUCCGGCGCCAAGCUGCAGAGCUUCGAUACAUUAUGGAAGCACCAAAGCUCAAGAUAACCCAAGAGGAGAUGGUCACUAUACCUUUGAUUUUUGACAGUUAUGACAGUUAUGCUGUAACAUGGAGUGGUAAAAACAAGGAUAGAAAGAGUGGAAGAGGUAACUCUCCAUUUACAUCAUCAAAAGAUAACCUUUUGGAUUCUCUUGUGUGGAGCCCUCCUACUGGAUUAGGGAAAAAUCGAGCAUUCUGGGUUGGUUUAACAAUAUGGUUGGGAUUAGUAGGUGCUGCUCUCUUCAUUCAAAGAUGA